CGCGGGGCGGCGGUGCGGGAUGUUGUGCGACGGAGGCGGCCGGAGCGGAGGGCAGGCAGCGCCCGGCAGGGCUCCGGUACUGUGAUGCGGCUGAAGCUCACUGGCCAUUGACUACUACAAGCCCCCGGGACCUCUUCUGGAAUUGGCCAUGUCGAUCAUGGACCACAGCCCCACCACUGGGGUAGUGACAGUCAUCGUCAUUCUGAUAGCCAUUGCGGCGCUGGGCGCCCUGAUCCUUGGCUGCUGGUGCUACUUGCGCCUGCAGAGGAUCAGCCAGUCGGAAGAUGAGGAGAGCAUUGUGGGUGAAGGGGAGACCAAGGAGCCCUUCCUCCUGGUCCAGUAUUCGGCCCGAGGGCCAUGUACGGAGAGGAAGGCCAAGCUCACUCCCAACGGCACGGAGGCUCAUAGCUAACUGGCUGCAGGGAAGAGAAUGCUGGAUGGCUGGAGCCAGAAGGAACACUGAGAAGGAACUGGGCAGGGGAGGGGGGGAUAACCACUUUGUGGAGAAGGCCUGGUCUUGAGAGGAGGCUUUUAGCUGCCUGUGGAUCUACAUGCACUGAGGCUGCGGUUCCGCAUUGCUCCAGGACUGCCCGAGUUGUCUUUUUCUGGCGCAAGGUCCAUUGCUGGCAGUGGACAGAUAGGGCAACUGGGCUGUUGCGAACAAGGCAAGCGCUGGCUGUUACUUGAAUUCUUUACUGAGCCUCUUUGGGACGCAGCUUACCCUUGAAAUGUGAACCUGGGUGUGUACAUAAAUGGGGUGUAUUUCUAGUCUGUUCCACAGCAUAUGGGAAUGACAUGAAUACCCUUCACGUAAGCAAUUGUCUUGGGGUGAGGAGACGCAUGACCACCAGUGGGAUUUCUCCAAAACCAAGCUGGGUGGGGGAAGGGGAGGGGGGCUGUAUGUAGGUAUGCUGGGGAAGGUUUUUGUAGUAUCAGAAAAGGGGUGGGCCUUAAAAACUCACCCCUGCUGGAAUGCAGUUUAACUUUAUUAUUUUGGGAGGGGGGGAUAAAGGGAAAAGAAUGGAGUUUCAGCCCAGUGACGAGGCAAGUGCUUUGCCCUUUUCCCGAAGUCUGAGGAGGCGCUUGUGAUGGCAGUGGUGCCAGAAGGCUGCUGGGGGACUUGGGGAGGGCAGCGGACAAGCUUGCUUCAAGAAUCUGCGAUUGCAAACGGAAAAGUUCUUUCUCCCGAGCCACCUUCUUAAAAGCGGCAUUUGUGUAAUUAGUCCCUAACUUACCUAGUUGUACAUUGAUGUUAACAUGUACAUCUGGCAGGCAAGAUGCUUAUGAAACAAGCCCUUGUUUAACCAGUCUUGUGGAUUUUGCUCCGCUGUAUAGAUCUCGGUGUAUUUUGUAGAUAAAGGCCUUUUUUUAAAACAAAGGGCUUCUGUAAAUAACUUUUAAAAACUUUAAAAGGGGAGGCAGGGGAGGGAGAAAGUGGCCUGUUUCUGGUUCAGGAGGGCUUGCUUCUCUUCUUGUUCUCACAAUGAAAUGAGGUUCUGUUUGUGUCCGUGUAAAUUAAGCUCCUUGGUCCUUGGACUCACGCCCUACUGAAGGCUAAAGGCACCUGUUUUUCGAUUCUAGACCCAGGAAGCAGAGAAAUGGGUGGUUUAUGACACCCCUCUGGGCUGCCAUUGUCCUGCCACCUCCUUGAACAGCUGGAAGCCUCUGUGGAAGGCAGUUAGUACAGCCCCUCCCAAAGCAGCGAUGUUUUGGGGAGCCUGUAGGACACGGGCAAUAAUGCCCCAGCAAAGGGUGUGGAGCCAGAGCAGGCCUGGGCAUCUUAGCCACCCCCUUCUGGGGCAAAAGCAGGCUCACCAAAGCAUUGCUGCAGGACCUUUGAGUGCUGGCCUUCCAUGGUUCUGGGGUCACUCUUAUCUCCCCUCCUCCACAGCUGCAGAAUUGAUGUUUGAGGAAACAGAUGGAAUAGAGCCAAAAUGCUUUGGGGGCAUUAAACCUCCUUUCCCUUUCUGCAAAAAGGCUAUACUUCUCCUAGGGCUGCUCCCACACUGCCUGCUGUGUCUCCACUGGACUCUGAACCUGCCAUGGGCCUACUGGAGUCUCACUACAGCAUCUGGGUUGCUUAGCAUCAAAAGGCUGGAGCAGGAGAAAGAAGGGUCUUCCCACUACCACCACGUGCAUAGCCUGGCUAGGGCGUAACACCAGCUGGUGGUAAGGCGGUGGGGGCUGCAAGCAAGACCGGAUGGAGUGGGGAGAGCGUAAAUGAAGCAGGCUCCCUUCAAGCCUUGCAGCUCCCCCAGUUGCCCACUUUUCUCUG